UUCUUUUUUUUUUUUUACUGAAGACAGCCUUUUUCUUACCUGUUAUCCCUAUUUUCCCAUUGUCAUCUGUGAUUCGGGAUAGAGCCCAACCCAGAGCUCCAGCCCGGGGACUCUUCCCCAGGUUGAAAGAGAAGGAGACAAUAUGGUGUCCUGGAAAGAUAAUGGCCCACUGACUCAGACAGAUGUGCGCCCUGUUCUCUGGGGAAAACUACUCCAACUCUGAGCACCCCUGGUCUUCAACUUAAGAUGAGAUCAAUUAUUUAUAACCUAUGAAGUUGUUCAGAGAAUUUACAGAGAUCAAGUGUGUAACAACCCAAAGAAUGUUUGACACCAACUAGGAUCUUAAUAUCUGUUCCCUCUCCUUUGCCAUUACCCAUGUGUGUUACUAAGUCUUAACAACUGUAUCAGAUAUACCUCUGAUAGUCCUCUUUUCACUUAUGAGGUCACAGAGGCACAGAGAGGUUCAGUAACUUGUUUAAGAUCACUCAGAAGGUAGGUAGCACACUUGGGCUUCCAUCCCAGGUGUGCAGGGAGUACCCUCCUAGUGAAGAUUAUGUGAUGGAUCAUACUAGGGUGAGCAUAUGUUUGGCUCUGGGAAUGAGCAGUCUCAGAUAAAUGGGCCCCACAUUCACUCUCUCCCCAUGACAGGGGAAUCUGCCAUUACCAUUGCCUGUCUUCUGUGUCGUGACUACUGACUGCAGGGUUAAGGCCAGGAAUUUCAUCCUGCAAGCUUUCAAGAAGGGGCUGUCAGUAGAAAGGCACCAUUCCCUUGUGCCUCUCAGGAUAAACCACACCAACUAUGCCAUUCCUUUUCCAUCAGAUGUCUUUGGUUACCUGGUAUGUGCAAGGCAUCAUUUGGUGCUGAAGAGAAAGCAGUGAACACAACACAUGAAAUUCUUGCACUCCUGGAGCUUUCGUUCUUGUGAGAGGAGAGAGACAAAAUAAACAUAAAUACGGAAAAGCUAUGGAAUGACAAAUCGGGUUAAGUCCUCUGGAGAAAAGUCAGACAGGGAAGGGGCAUGAGCAGUGCGGUCAGGGAGUUUUGCACACAGAUAUAAAUAUAUUGGGAGAAGCUUCCUGAUAGGAUACCACUUAGUGGAGGCAAGAGAGAUGGCACGAAUAUAUGUCACCAUCUGGAGGUAGUAAGGUCAAGGCGGGGAACUGUGGGAAACUCAUUUCCAGCCCUCUCUACCUCCCCUCCAGUCACCCUUUCUAGUGUCUAAUCCAAAUAUAUCUUCCUCUUUUUCCCCAUAACACCCAGUGUAAGUCUGUCCCACUGUAAUAAUUUAUGAUCUUUGUCUCCCUCGAAAAAAUUAAUAACUGAGCCUUGAGGGAAACUGAGAUCAUCUUCACUUCCUCACCUGUUUUUCCUGGGCUGUCCCAUCCAUCCUUCAGAGGGAUGCUACACUGGGCAGUCAGAUCAUCUCUGGAGUCAGGUUCUGAUCCUGGUGACUUACUGUGUGAGGGAUGAGUACCACUGGAGGUCAUGCUGAGGCAAGUGCCUGGGAUGGUUAUGGUACUUGAAAAGGACUGAGCAACUCACUCACAAGUACUCAGUGACCCCAGCUUUGUUAUAUCUGAAAGACAUCUGAAAUACAACCGAAGUGAAGAGGUACCAGGGAGAGAUUCUACACCAAUGUUAAUUCUUAUCUUAUGAUAGAUCUAAUAAAAUGAAAUGAGUGUUUGGGUGGCUUGAAUUCUAAGAAGCUGGAGGAAUGCAAACACAGACAGGGUGUACCCUCUUCUGGGAAUGUUGUAGAGAGGAUUCAGUUGGUUUGAUCUGAAAUUUAUGAUUCUGUGAUUCUAGUGAGAUGCCUGAGGGCAGGUGAUAGGAAUAAAUAAAGCUGGAACAUCCCACCAGGACCUUCUCAAGAAUGGGCUCCAGGAUGUUCCGGCUGCUUCUGCUGGGCAUAUUCACAGCGCUCUUCAUGGAUGAGGGCGACAGAGUCCUGACAUCGAAAUGGAUUCGAUAUUGCCAUAAAUGUGAUCUCUAUGAUGGAUACAAAUGCCUCAGUUCCAUGGGACGUUGCUGGAAGUUUAAUCUAUUGAGUUAUGAAAGGGUUUGUACCACAGAUCACUUUUACUUUAAUGAUCGCCUUACAGGGAGAUAUUUCUAUCGUUAUUCAACUCUAUCUUGUAGGGCUUGUGAAGAGGGAAUGAUCCGGCUAUUCCAUGACUUAGUGAGAGAAACGUAUUGCUGUAAUUCGGGAGACCGGUGUAAUGAUGGCGACAGGAGUAUGGAUCUUAUACAUCCAUAUCGAAGCAGACCGAAGGAGGACAAUCCAGAAUCUACUUAAGAUUUUAAACCGUCUCUCCCAGUAACCUUUGCCCUUCUGCUACCAAUGGCAACAUCAUCUCACAUUUUCUCAGACCUAAGCCCAACUCUCUGUUCCAGCAGAUCUACCUAUGGAAGCUCUUUCUCUUCCGCAUCAGUGCUUCUAAUAACAGGAAAGUGUAAAGCCAUAGGCCACAAAAACCCCAUCACUGCUUUCUGGUUGGAUUUGCCUGUCUUUGCUAUCUAAUACCUAUUGGCAAUCUUUACCUGCCCUUACGUUCUGAUGCUAAACCUGGGCUAAAGUCAGAGUUGUAAAGUUUCUGGAAAGGGAGCAAAGUAUUUUUCUGGUAGAGCUUCUGAGAGAAGAUCAGGAGAAAGCAGACUAGAUAGAAGUAGGGAUAACACAUCACAGGAGAUUUUUAGGAGAAAUAUUUGGGAGGAGAGUAGACGAGGUAUUUGAUGGACAGUAGAAAAGGCUCGUGUUAAGUAGGGGCUUGAGAAAGCUAAUGUGAAAUUAGAAAACUCUAACUUCUGUGAAAGGAAUAGUCAAUGUACUAGACCUCAGAGUCUUAGUGCCUUCCACCAUUUUGGGAAACUGUACCAAUCACAGCUACUCCUGACCACAUAACCUUAGCUCACCACGUUUCUAAUCAUCUUAUCUUGUUCUCAUGGCUAAGGCCAAGUAAAUCAGGAUAGACACUUGGCUGAGUGUUGGCCAAUUAAUCUCCUGGCAUAUGAGAAAUACUCUACCACCUAGUCCUCAAAAAUAUUUAUAUAUUACCUUGCCUUCAAUGCACUCUUUGAUAGAAAGCUGAAUGUUUUUCAUCUAUUGGCCCAGCUCUGCAACAGAUAAUGUCAAGGAGAGAUAAGAGUUUCAGAUCUUCACUGUAGUUUUCCUAACAAAAAUAAUAAGCUCUGAAAUGGCAAAACUUAAUCCCCAAAUUAUUCUUCACUCACUUUAGGUUAAAUUUUUUUUUGUCGUAUUAACCUUCGUAUGUGUUAGAAUCUACAGACACUAUUGUAUUUGGUUUUUAGUUAUAUAAUUAAAUACACAUAUAUAAUAUUAUACUAGGUUUAGUAGUAUUCCUUCUAAUAUCCAGGCUUAUGAUUGCUUAUCACUUUCUGCUGUAUUAUAGUUGCAUAAAUAGAACAAAAUAUUUUAAUAUACAAAUUAAUUUUAAAUAUUUGCAAUAUAUGUGAGCUGGGAUAGCCUCCAAAUUGUAUCAUGUUAGGAUGGAUAUUAUACUUUAGUAGCUUGAGAAGUAGAAAAUAUGGUAGAUUCUUCCAUUCAGGGUUGAUUUGUCCAUAAUUGGUUUAUAUGGAUAGCAUGGAGAUGCUAGCACGGUCCAAUAAUGAAAUGACUCGUGGGUGAAUUACUGCUCUGUGUUAGUGCUUAGAAUGGUCCCAAGCAAGAAACUAAGAGGAAAGCUUCAGACUAGAGAAGAGACUCAAUGUGGAUGGUGAAGAAGUUAACUGGUAGCAGAAAGAGUAGCAGCUAGACACUGAGUGAUACAGAUGAAUGGAGACUGACUUAUAGAGACUGACUCACAAUCUUGUAGCUAAGCUUGAAGUGAAGAUUCAUGAACCACUGUGGCGAAACCCCCAGAGUUUCAUCAUAUCCAGUCUGGCCCUCUAGGUCCAAUCUUCUCUAGCCUGUCCCAUUAUGUUUUCUGUCUUGGAUUGCCAUGAGAUUCUGACUCCUACAUUGCCCCAUGUUACAAUACCCCAUCACUCCUAAUUUUCUUGGUCCAAUUGAAGUACGUCUCUGUUCUUUACAUUUUAAUAAGAAAACCAAAUGGGAAGUAGAGGAAACAAUGAGGGAGGCCAGACCCUGAACAAGUGCAGUAAUUCUAGAUUCAGGUCCAGAAUACUGUUCCAGGGUGAGGAAUCCUUGCUUAGGGGUGAACCUAGACUGGCAAAAUUGAUCAAAGGAGGAAAACCGACUGUAUGGAACUAUAAACAUGUAGGAUUAUUAAUAUUAGGAAAAAAGGAUUUCUUUUGCAUAAGUGCAAAAUCCUAGAAAUCCAGUAGAAAUGUGUUCAUUAUUGACAAAAUAUCAGAAAACCACAUCUCAAAACUUUUGUUCUGUUUGCAAAUUUUGUACAAGUCAUGGUUAGAUGGAAUAUCAGGUGGCUGGCUCCAUAAUCUCAGUGUACUCUCUCUAGAGGCAUUAUAUGAUCUGGGGCUUACUAUUUGACCUCAUGUUUUUUAUGGACUGGCCUCUAAAACAACUGCUGAAUGUUUCAAAAUGUGCCUUGUGUGUAUUCCACACAUAUGUGUGGAUUGCCUGAUUUAUGCUGUAUUGGUGCUGCUAAUGGUGACAAAG